AUGACCUGGAAUAAUGACAACUCCAUGACUGAAAAUGGUGACUUUAGGAUAGGGCAAGAAUUUAACUCGUUAGACCACCAUAAGAAGAAUGUUAAAUCAUGGGCGAUAUCGAACAAUAGAAACUUCUGUGUAAUUGAGUGGGAGCCUUCAAAGUAUGUUAUCCAAUGUACUAAUGCGGAGGAGAAAGGUUGUGAAUGGAGGGUGCGAGCUAUCACGACCGCCACUGGUUCAUUUAUGAUUGUGCAAUAUAAGGGUCAUAAUCAAGAUUGCUCAGCACAUUACAGUGAUGACCAUCCUCUCUUUACUUCUGAUUUUGUUGCUGAUCUUAUCGUGGGUAUGAUAAGAGUUGCUCUAGCCUUCAAGGCUAUAACCAAAGUCUUUGGGGAUUGGGAUAAGUCUUUUGAGGAGCUUCUAAGGUACCUGCAAGCGUUAAUGCAAUCUAAUGGAGGAACAGUGGUGCAUUGGGAAGUCCAACCAGCAAUGCAUCCUACCAGAGUUAUUUUUCAUAGAAUUUUCUGGGCUUUCGGACCAUCAAUUAAGGGUUUUCCCUACUGUUGUUCCCUUAUUUCUAUAGAUAGGAUACAUUUGUACGGAAAGUACAAAGGCACACUUAUGAUUGCUAUGGAGAUAGAUGCAAAUUCUCAGUUGUUCCCUCUUGCAUUUGCCAUUGUUGAGGGAGAAAGCAACAACACAUGGAGUUGGUUUUUUGGAUUGUAUAAGGCAGUAUGUCACUAA